AUGCGUGCCUCUAUCAUCCUCGCUACUCUCUCGGCUUUUGCCUUGACCUCUGGUGCUGUUGCCCAGGGUACCGCUGAGAGUGUCACCUCUGUCGCUUCCGAUGCGGGUAACCCCGAAACACAGUAUUUGACUGAGACCAACUCCAACGGCGUCGUCACUGGUCAACCAUCCGUCAUUACCAGCCAGCCCGCUGCCGCCACCUCCCAGGAGGCUGCUGCCUCUAUCCCUGCUGGUUUGACCUCUCCUGUGGUUACUCCCCAGACCGAGACGAGCGGUUUCUCCACCGCCACCUCCACCACUGAAACAGGAAAUGUCAGCAGUGCUGCCAACACUUCUUCCGGGUCGUCCUCUACCGGCACAUCCAGCAACACCGAGUCCUCCGCCUCCACCGGUACUUCCAGUUCUGGUUCCUCUGCCUCGACCACUGCCUCCACUGGCGGUGCUGGCUUUGCCUCUGCCGGUAUGGGUGUUAUUGCUGGUGCUGCUAUCCUUGCUUUCCUGUAA